CAGAACCAAAUUAUGUUAUGCUGUUUUAAGCAUUGUUGUUGGAGGGAUUGUCAUACUUAUGGCCGGUAUAUUUGUUAAAUCGUCAAAAUGGAAUCUUAAUACUCUUACUGGUAACGUUAAACUAGUAAUAGCAAUCGAUAUUGGGACUACUUCAUCUGUAUAUGCAUACAGUAUGUCAUCUGACCUUUGUGGUGUACACUUAAAUAAACUAUGGGAUUCUGGAGACCGAGGAUUAUGUUCUUCCAAAACACCAACAUGUAUCUUAUUAAGUAAAACAUUUGAACCUAUUUAUAUUGGAUAUGAUGCACAAAAUGAAUACAAAUUGCUCAUUGAUGAAAACGAAGAAGACGAUUACAUAUUUGUAGAUAAAUUUAAAAUGGAACUAUAUGAUGCAAAGAAUAUUUCUGACGAAAUGAAAAUAGACGACAUAAAAGGGCAUCCAGUGCCUGCCAUACAAGUAUUUUCAAGUAUGUUCAGUUUGUUGAAGAAACGCAUAGAAUCGGAAAUUAAGAAUAUUGAUAGCAGAUUGAUUAAUAAUAAUGUUCAGUGGGUGUUAACCAUUCCAGCUGCAUGGACUGAUAGAGCUGAAUUUUUCAUACGUACAUGCGCAGAAAAGGCAGAAAUCCAUAAUGACAACUUGAUGAUUGUGAUAGAAUCUGAAUCUGCAUCAGUCUAUAUGCAUCAUGUGUUUAAAGAGUUACCUAACAAAUAUCUGCUAAUUGACUUAGGAGGAGGAACAGACGACAUAACUGCCCAUAGAGUUUCCAAAAAGGGCAAGUUACAUGAAAUUUGUAAACCAUCUGGGAAUUGUCAUGGUGGGAAACAUGUGGAUAAACAACUAUUUUCAUGUUUGGAAGAAAUCGUAGGAAAACAAGUUAUACAAAAUUUGAAAACAAAAGGCAACUUCCUUGAACUACUGAACGAAUUUGAAAACAUAAACUACUCAAUAUCUACAUCAAAUGCAAAGCACAUUGCUUGCAAGUUUCCAUUGCCUCUCUUAAAUGAGCUUUGCAGAAAAUACCGCGGAAAAGAAUUUCAAGAAGUAUUGAAUUAUUCAAAAUAUAAGACGAGUUUAUUUCUUAAAAAUGGCAAAUUAAGGAUUCACCGGGAGUUUAUUAUUGGUUUUAUUUCAAACGUGGCUGCCCUUGUAGUAAAAGAUAUACAAUUUGUUUUGAAAAAAGCUAAGCCUCAUGACAUUGACACAUUUAUUGUAGUUGGAGGGUUUUCGAAUUCUAAUGUCAUUAGAGACACAUUUGAAAAUGCCUUUCCGACAGUUAGUAUAAUAUAUCCUGUUAGUGAUGGUGAUUUAGCAGUUGUCAAAGGAGCUGUUUUAUAUGGCCAAAAUCCUAAUUACAUCAAACCAUGUAAGAAAACAGCAAACCUCAAAUGAGAGAGAGAGAGAGAGAGAGAGAGAGAGAGAGAGAGAGAGAUUUUUGUAUUUAUAACCAUGUCAAUAUAUACGAUUUGUUUUAUAAAAGUCAAGUUCAUAUUAAAUGAAAUAACCUUUA